AUGCCUUCCACACUACCCAUUGAGAUCCAGCUACGCAUCAUCGACCUUGCACUCCCGCCGCGCACGUCUGCCAACUUCCCCGCUCGCCGCGACCUCCUCCUCGCCUGCUCGCUCGUACACCGAUCGUGGACCGCGCACGCCCGUGGACUACUCGAGGAGCAAGCACGCUUCAACGUCGAGCAGUGGACGGGCCAUCACGACGCCGCCAUGCUGUUCAGACGGACCCACCCUGCUCGCCGACUCAAACGGUUGGACAUCCGGAUUGCGCAUCGGCUAGGAGGACUGGAGGAGGAUCUGGCGGAAGGACUCAAGGAGCAGAUGGAAGCUAUCGAGGAGCUGUCCUUUGCGAGGUCGGCGGACCUCUGUCCCGCCUGCGACUACAAGCUGCUCUACGAGACGAACGACUGGCACGCUCAUAACGCCGUGCCCUCCCUGCGCUUCCUUUCCUCCGGCGCCUUCCCCUUCCUCCGCUUCCUCUCCAUCUCGCACAUGAUCCUUCCGCCCGACUGGCAUGACGCCGCCAUGCCCACCUUACAUACGCUCCUACUGAACGAUGUCGGCCCGCGCUCUGUCUUCAGCAACCUUGGAUCACUCAAAUCGCUACGCGUUCUUGGCGCAAAAGCCGACUUUGGCCACUUAUUCUCCUGCCUCGAGGGCACCUGGCCAGCGGUCGAGCACCUCGCAGUUGUCGGGAUAUCGGUCAGGAGCUACGACGACCUCGUCACCGACGACUCCCUCCCCGACUCGCUCUCCAGCAUCACCGUACUACACCUGCCGACCGCGAUGGACAUGACUGCAUGGCCUGAUCGACGAGAUUCGCUCAAUGCACAGCUCGGAGUGCGAUGCGCGCAGCUGAGUAGGAGGGAAUGCGUGAAGUUUGCGGAGAUUUCUGGGUUCGACCUCGAGGAGUGGGCGCUCUCGGUGACGGGCGCAUGA